GUGUGUGUGUGUGUGUGUGUGUGUGUGUUUGUGUGUUCUUGUCUCUCGCCUGUCCUGUGAGGAUGAAGAUGUAGUUUCAGUGUUUAAUGCUCAUCCCCUCAGUGUGUGUCUGUAUGUUCUUGUCUCUUGACAGGUCUGUGAGGAUGAGAAGGUCUCCACAGUCUGGAGUCUGGUCUCUGACAGGCUCAACAUACCUGUCAAUCAACAGGGACUCCUCUACAAAGGCAAGGCGCUGGCAGGUAGGCUGAACAGCACAGCACAGCACAGCUCACCCCUCCUCUCACCCCUCGCCUCACCCCUCCUCUCACUCCUCGCCUCACCCCGGGUCAGUGUGGCACAGCCUGCCUGCUCUUCUGAACAAACACUUCAGCCCUGCCGACGCAAUGAGAGUCUGGAGCAGCAACACGAGGUCUGUGAGGAUGAGAAGGUCUCCACAGUCUGGAGUCUGGUCUCUGACAGGCUCAACAUACCUGUCAAUCAACAGGGACUCCUCUACAAAGGCAAGGCGCUGGCAGGUGCAGCACGGGCUGACAGAUGAGGUUCAGCAGCUGGAAGGCACCAUGACUGCUCUGAAGCAGAAACGUGCCCAAUCACAGGACGUCCUGCAUGCUCUGUCCCAGCAGCUGACUCGUAUCGAGGAGGACAUCGCCUGCAAGACCAGCUCCCUGUCCCUGGAGAGACGUAGCCUGGACACACGGAGCAAACUGAUCGUCCCACCAGAGAAACAAGUCCCUGAAACUGACACCUUCAACCGCACCCUGAGCCCUGUCAAGAGCCGCCAGCUGGAGCUCGCUUGACAGCUCCGCCUCCCCAUGAAAUAAAGAAAGAGAUCAAUAAAUAUUUGUUCUGUAAAAUCAUGCUUGUUCAGCACUGGGACUCUGUAAUGAAUGCACUAAAGUACAUUUGUUAGAGUUUUAAAUAUUAUGAAUCUGUGUCAUACACUGUGAUCACGUUAAGUGUUAAUAGAGGCUGACAUCACACACAAUCCAUCUGUCUUAUAAAUGACAUCACACACAAUCUGUCUGCCUUAUAAAUGACAUCACAUACAAUCCGUCUUAUAAAUGACAUCACACACAAUCCGUCUGUUUUAUAAAUGACAUCACACA